AGAGCAACAGUGCUUCCUUCUAACGACGUUUUAAAACCACGUGACCUGUGUUUACAUCCUCUUCUCAGCUGUUUCUUUCUUCUUCCACUUCGACACAACUGCUUGCUGUUGCUACUUUAUCUCUCCAACCAACCAGCUGGUUAGUUAGCGCAGUAAACUAGUACUUAACGAAUUGAAGAAGCUGCUGGUGUGUGAAAGUAGCUGUCACUGACCGUCGCACUGAACAGCACUUUACGAGGAAUGAGUAAAUGCGACACGGCAUUGUCACUUGCUGCCUGGACAUGAACUCUGUCUGAACUGACACACGAGGAGCCACAGCGGCAGCACAGCCGUUCAUCUCCAUGCACCUCUGAGGACGAAACAGUCAUCCUGAAUACGAGUUCGCCCCUUAGGGUUCCUCUGCUCUUUUCACCAUGGGGGGAGCUGUGAGCGCCGGAGAGGACAAUGACGACCUAAUUGAUAACCUGAAGGAGGCUCAGUAUAUCCGCACAGAAAAAGUCGAGCAGGCUUUUCGGGCCAUAGACCGCGGUGACUACUAUUUGGACGGCUAUCGGGACAAUGCCUACAAAGAUUUGGCCUGGAAGCACGGUAACAUACACCUGUCUGCUCCGUGUAUAUACUCCGAGGUGAUGGAGGCACUGAAACUGCAGCCGGGACUUUCUUUCCUCAAUCUGGGCAGUGGAACCGGCUACCUGAGCACAAUGGUUGGCCUCAUCAUAGGGCCAUUUGGUGUAAACCAUGGAGUUGAGCUCCACAAAGAUGUCGUUGAAUAUGCCAGAGAGAAACUGGAUGACUUCAUAAAGAAUAGCGACAGCUUUGAUAAGUUUGAGUUCUGUGAACCUGUCUUUGUGGUGGGGAAUUGCCUUGAAAUCUCCACAGACAGCCACCAGUACGAUCGCAUUUAUUGUGGCGCUGGAGUGCAAAAGGACCAUGAAAAUUACAUGAAAGUACUGCUCAAAAUUGGAGGCAUUCUGGUGAUGCCUAUAGAGGAUCAGCUGACCCAGAUAACCAGGACUGGCCAGAGCACGUGGGAAAGCAAAAACAUCUUGGCGGUGUCCUUUGCCCCCUUGGUCCAGCAGAGCAGAGCUGAUGGAGAGAAGCCCGACACUGUCCAUCUGCCCCCAGUGACUGUCCGCAGCCUUCAGGAUCUCUCUCGGAUCUACAUACGCCGCACUCUCCGAAACCUGGCCAACGAGGACAGCCAGGGAAAGGGGACGACGCAGAGAGUCCCCCAGAAGCGCAAACGCAGGCGCUGUCGCAGGCGACGCAUCAACACUUACGUUUUUGUAGGCAACCAGCUGAUCCCGCGGAUGGUGGAGAGCGAAGAGGAGGAGCACACCGAGGAAGAACACAAAGAGGUGGAGGAAGAGGAGGACAGAGACAUUGGCGACAUUGAAAUCCUCAAGCAAGUGAACGUGUUGAGAGACCAAAUAAUGGCUUUACCGCUGCCUGAGUCACUGAAGGCAUAUUUGCUGUAUUACAGAGAGAAAUGACUUAUUCACUUGAUAUCCCUUCUUAAUGGGUGCAGCGAAAUGCUGAAAUGCUUUUCUUCAUCUUUUUUCAGUACCAAUGUAGCAUUAUUUCCACUUAAUCUUGAUGGCAAAACUGUAACGGAAAGAGACGUCACAGAUAAUAUUGGAUAAUAAUGUUAUGAUUGUCCUGAGUGUUAAUUUUUUUUGUUGACAUGUUUGUUUGUUUGUUUGUUUUUCUUUUGGUUUAUAAAUGGAAAAAAAUAUAAAGUAAAUGAAAAUAGUUUCAAAAAUCAAUUUUGAGAUUCAGAUUUUAUCGCAAUGUCAGAAUUUCUGCAGAAAUGUGCAGAUUAAAAAUUGUAUUAAAAAAAGAGUUCUUACUAUAUUUGUUAAAAUACGAUCAUGCUAAGAUGAAGACUUUUAUUGCACCUUUUUUAGAAGCUUUAACUUACUUUCAGUGUCUGAUGAUUUAAUGAUACUGAGAGGAGACACUGAAAGGCAAAUAAAGCCACUUUCUCCCAUUUUUUUUCUUUUUCUUUUUCUUUUUCUUUUUGUUAAAGAGAGUUAAAGAGUAAGAUGUUCGAUAAGCCCGAAUGGGGCACGUAUGUCAUUACUCUUCUUGGUAUUUCAUUUCAGGGUAAUGUGUUUUAUAACUUCCUAUUACAAGAGUUCACUGAAAGACCAGACUGGUUCAUAAUUUUUUCUACAGGGCACCUUUUAAUGAAACUUUUUCUACAGGGUGCUGACAUUCUUGUUUCCUCACUACUACCUGAUCUGAUAGGCUGUCGCGGGCCGCCUCCUCUCUUUUUAUUUUGCCCUGUUCUGGAUUCAUAUAAUAUAAUAUAAUGAUGUAAUUCUUAGUAUUUGAAUAAACCACAUCAGAGGUUUAAAAUAAGGGUGACAUGGAUACGAUGGUGAUUUAAAUAUUCACCUAAUUUCGAGGGGAACUGGUGAAGGCAUGAUGUUCAUCCAUAAUGAAUACAUGCUUGAAUAUAUUGUAUAUGGGUGUUCCUGACUUUGCUCCUUGUGAUUGGUCACUGGAGGUGAUGUCCCAAGUGAUCAAACUUUGAAAUGUUUCUUUACAAAUGACAACAAAAAAGGUUUCAAGAUGGUGAACCAGAUUGAUGGCCUUGACACAAAUCUCGAAUUCUGUAUAGUACUUUUCUUUUUUUCUUUUUUCUUUUUUUAAACAAAAUCAACGACAAUGCAAAAUCUGACGCCUUUUAUAUCACGGACAACAAAGCACCUUAAUCUGCAGUCCUCAAGACAGAGAAAAAAGGAAAAAAUAAAUAAAAAGAUGACUUUUUUUGGGCUUCAUUUGUAUUGUGGACUGGACUUAAUGUAAUGUAAAUCCUCUUUAAGUACAAUUUGCUUGCAGAACCUUCCUGAUAGUGAUGACUUUUAAGUGCCAACAUCCCUCGCCCCAUCACAUUAGGACUUCUGUGAGUUUUCCAGCACAGUAAAUUUCCCCCAUAAAGGAUGAUAUAUUUCUACAAAAACAUUCCACAGUGAAAAAAACAAAAAAACCAAAAAAAAA